AAACUUGGUUGAUUUUUAAGCAAAGAAAAUGAUAUUGCUCUGGGGACUGGUUGAGCUGGGUACGCUGCUAAGGAAAGAGAUUCCUGGCUGCUUCUUGAAGAAAGGCUUCAGGAUGUGAAAAAAGAAAGUGAAAAGUGGUUUCUGAUACCACACACCUGCUGUGGAGUGCUCCCUGCUGAGGUUUAAAGGGGGGGGGGGGGAACAACCGUGUUCUCCCCCUCCUAUAAAGUUUUCCUUCUGGGGCGGUGUGAAAGACCCAGGCGGGAUGGGGGAAAAUGGACUUAAGUGCUGUCACUUUAAGUAAGCGAAGUGGGAAAGAAGAGGUGGCAGGGGGGUAUUACAACUGCGUUCAGCCAUCAGGAGUGUCCCGCACAGCAGGAACAGGUCCCCAGCCCUUCAUUCCAGACUUGGAGGGGGACAUCCUCUUCCUGCUGGACAGCUCUGGCAGCGUCUCCUACUACGAGUUCUCCAAGGUCAAGGAGUUCAUCAGGGACCUCCUGCGACCCUUCACCUUUGGCCCCCACGACGUCCAGACCAGCAUCAUCCACAUCAGCACGGUGCCCACCAUAGAGUUCCCCUUCGACCGGUACCUGUCUAGCGAGGCGGUGCAGCAAGCCAUCCGAGGCACCCAGCAGCUCAUGGGGGACACCAACACGGGCAAAGCGCUCUCCUUCGCCAAGGAGAAGUUCUUCACGGAUGAAGCCGGCUCCAGGCCUGACGUGCCCAAGGUGCUGGUGUGGGUGACAGAUGGCUUCUCCACUGAUGACAUCUCCCCCCCCAUGCAGCUCCUGAAAGACAUGGGGGUCACGGUCUUCAUCGUCAGCACGGGGCGGGGGAACUUCCUGGAGCUCUCGGCAGCUGCCAGCCAACCACCUGAGAAGCACCUGCACUUCGUGGAUGUGGACGACCUGCCCAUCAUCACCAAGGAGCUAAGGGAUGCCAUCACAGAGGUUAUCCGAGCCACACGGCUGCGUGCUGUGGACAUCACCUCCAGUAGUUUCCGCCUGAUGUGGCCCAAGCUUCUCUCCAGCAGUACCGGCUAUUACGUGCUGGAGUACACCCCUACAGACGAACCCAGGAGGAAGCUGAUGCAGCAGGUGUCCGGGGACCGCACCAGCUUCCUGUUGAGCGACCUCGCCCCAGAAACCACCUACGAGGUUGUGCUCAUCCCUGAGUCCAACACGCACUAUAUCCCACCGCAGACCACCAGGGUCACCACGCUGCAAGAGGAAAUCAGUCCCACUCGGAUUGUCAUCUCGGAGUCCACGCCGCACAGCAUCCGUGUCAGCUGGUCCCCCACGCCGGACAGCGUGGUCAGCUAUCAGGUCCUGUACGGGCCGCUCCCCGGGAAUUCAGCCAAGCUUCUGGAGGUGGAUGGGAAGCACAACAGCACCGUGUUGGAAAACCUCGCGCCCAACACAACCUACUUGGUGACAGUGGCGGCCAUCUAUAAGUCAGGGAAGGAGAGAGCCCUGUCGGCCAAAGCGUGCACUCAGGAAGAGGGCUUCAAGGUGAAGCACUUGCGCUUUGAAGACAUGGGCCCCAACACCCUGAAGGCAUCCUGGGACUCUGCUGAUGGGAAAGUCCUUGGCUACCGCGUGAGGUGCCGGCGGCAGACGGGCCCCUCGUCUCUCAUCAGCGUCUCGCCUCAGGUCCACAGUGUGCUCCUGACAGACCUGGCCGCAGGCACCACCAACAAAGUGUGUGUGAAACCCGUGUACAAGGACCAGGCGGGGAAGGGGCUGUGCCGCAUGGUGCACAUGCAGCCUGCUACAGAAGCACAAGGAUACACGCGCAGGCAGAGAGCGUGAUGGACCCUGGACUGCACCGUUCCCCUGCAGAGCAAGGGGAAACGAUCAGACAAGAAUGACUGUGCAUGGUGGAGCCCCACACGUCGCUCCCCUCCUGCACUGUCCCUCGAGGUGUCAGCCCCCCUAGCUGUAGCCAAGCCCAGCGGGCUCCUGAAACUGUAAAGCACUCCCAUAUCUUACAAAGCGGCUCGGCAGGACAGAGCAAGCAGGCUGGUGGAUGGAUUCGAACCAUGCAGUGCUCUGGUUAAACAAUGUGCUAGCCCCCGUCCCCUUUCUUCUGUAUGAAUUAGCAAUGCAAAAGAGAAGCAGGGAAUCCUCAUUAUUGUUCACUUGCUUCCUGGUUUCUAUUUAUUAUCUCUUGUGUCUUCAUUAUGGCAGAGUAUAAGCAUGUUCCAGGUUCUAUAAGCGAAGACCUGGCCUUUCAGCUCUCGGCAUUGGGGUCCAAGAUGCCACGAGCUAAAUUAGUCUCCAGUAUGGAGCUCCACGGAUGGGGCUGGAGUGCAUCAGGGGCUGAAUAGCAUCCAUGAGCUCAGCAGGUUUGGGGUGCAGGCAGUGUCCUUGUCAUGGGAACUAGGAUCACACCAGGCAAAAUGAUGACUGCCACAAUAAAUAGCUCUUUUUAUCCAUGCAUUACAACAGAGCCCAUAUUAGCCAUCAAAUGCAACCACCUCUGGGGUGGAAGGUGGAAAAAACCAGCAAUAUAACACAGCAGUUCAGAGUGCACAGGGAAAACCCAGCUAAAACCAUGAGGUCUUGAGGAAGAGGGAAGAAGAGAAGCAAUUGCCCACCCAGGGUUCAGUGGCUGAGUCACUGAUCAGUCAACACCUUGACUCUGAUGUAAUGUGCUGGGGGAGGCGUUAUGACCACAGGUAGUUCAGAGAUGGUCCCAUGUCUGAUUCAGGAGACUGGUGCUCUGCUUGGUGAACGCUGAGGUAUGGAGCAGUAGGGUUGUUCCAGGGCAAGGGUGUGGGCAGGGGCCAAACACUGGCAGGGAGGCCUCCAUGGUCCCUGUCUGUUGAAGUCUUAGCUUGAGCGCCCAUGGAUUUGACCACUCCCUUCCAUGGAUGCCAAGUUUAGCCCAGGAGAUUAAAUAAAAAUAGAGGACAGCCUUGGAUGGUCUGCAGGGUUUUCAUUCCAGACCCUUCCCCAGUGCCACAGGCACAUGCUGCCUUGUUGCUGCCUUGUCCUGGUUUCCUGCUCUGCUCCACAGCCUGUGCCGCAUUUAAAAGAGGUGAUUAUGGAAGCAAAAAUCCUAGAUCUUUUCUGUGGCCCAGCUCAGUUGCUUUCAGGAUGGGGAGGUGUGUUUGCAAGAGGCUGCCAGCGAUUAUCUAAGUACCUUAGUGCAAAGGCCAUUUUAUUGGUUCAGGUCCCCCCUCUAAAGCAGAGGGUCAUAAGAGGAUGUACAUACUCCUCUGGUGGCCACAGGCAUGCCAAUGUGCAUAUAUUCCCCUAGGGAUGCUUGCUCCAUUGCGUAUGUAAAGCUUACUUCACCUUCCUGGGAUACAUUUUAGAGUUGUGCCGUAUGUUUGGAAAGACAUAUGCCCUGCAAGCCCUCCCUGGGCCUGAUCCCGUUCCAUCUGAGUCAGAGGAAGCUUUGCUCUUGAUCUGAUUGAGUCUUAUUUGUGCUGAGCUCUUACGUUGGCUUGUAGGCUUCAACCUCAUGCUGACCCUUUGCAGAGAGGCAAAUGUCUCUGUUGGCUCCAGUGGAAGAGGUUAAAGGACCCCGGUGUCUCUUUUAGGAUGUGCAUAUUUAAUCACAAGUAAUGCAGACAGAGGUUCUGCCCGCAUCCAGGGAAGGAUGCAGCCUCCUGAAGCUUUCAUGCUCUGAGAUGUAAGAGCAUCUUGUUCAUUCCUACUGUUAAGAUGGAGACUGCUUACAUUUGCACAACUCCCUAAUGUACUAACGUGUUAACAUUGCUUCCCCUCCAGUGUAACAUGUCCUUUUGAAGGCAGUAAAUUAAAUAUACAACAUGA